AUGUUGUCGCUGACACUGCCGGCCGUCGGGCUGGAGAUUGGCGCACACCUCACGCCACGCAUCAUUGCCCCGCUGCGUGGCGCCCUCUUGCGGUUUUUGCUGUGCUUUGUGCCAACUGUCUUUGUCGGCAUGACGCUGCUGGGGCGUGCGCUGUACGCCCUGCUGUGGUGGCCGAGCACCAACGGCGGCGGCGGCAGCUAUAUUAUCAUGCAUAAGAACAUGGCGGACGGGGGUCAGGGUGCCCUGGGCGGCCGCGGCGCAGCAGAAGCAGCAGUUCAUAUGCCGCUCUGGGGUUACGCGGCACUCUUCGCGAGCAUCGCCGUUGAGCGUUCAUCCGUUGCAUGUCUCGCGACGAUUCGAAGCACGCGGUCGGCAGGCGUCUACACUGUCUUCGUCCUGUCCAUCGCCGCCGUGCAGGACGUGGCGGCGCUGCUGCUCUUUGUGCUCUGCAGCGCGAUGCUGAAGUCUGGCGGUAACAUUCGUGAGGGCCUGCUGGAGCUUGCGGGCACACUCAUCGCAACGUGUGCGGCGGCUGCCUCGGCGACGGCGGUCGUGUUUCUCAUGGCGCGCUCUCCGUACUUCCGCGACGCCAAUGCAGCAGCAAUGGAAGCCAGGAAUGACGCAAUACAUUCGACCAAGGACGGCGGCGCAAACCCAAAUGCUGUUGGCCCCUGUGUUGCGUCCACUGUUAUGGGCAGCGGCAGCAGGUUUGGUCGCACUUCAAUGACGGCUCUGCUGCUGCUCGUGCCUUGUGGGGUACUCGCACUGUGGAGUUGGCUGACGCCAAGCGAAUUACUCCUCGCCGCGGUCUUGGCUGGAUCGGCGAUUCACGCACGGGAUCCCUUUGCCCCGCUGGAGGCUGCCUCGCUUGAGUUUAGCACCUGGUACAACGUUGUCCUCUUUGCCUUUAUGGGACUGCGUGUGACACUCACGGCGGCGGUGGCUAGUAACAGUAAGAUGAAUGGUCCCCCGUCACUGCCGACUGCCUCACUGGCGUGGAUGAUAUUGGCAGCCAUUGUGCUCUUUGUUGGUCGCUUGCUGCUGCUUCUGGCAGGCGCAUACUGUGGCCUCUCUGCGGCUGGUGAGCUGAGCACAUACAAGAGCAUUGGCAGCAGCUACAGCAGCAAGCGUGGAUCGCAUGAUUCCACUGUGGCGUCGGUGUCCGUCGCCGCAGACGGCGGCGUUGUGUCCCCUGUGCUUCAUGCCGCCGUAGCUGUUGCUGCUGCGGCUGUGGCUGGUGGUGGCGCUGCUGCUGUUACAACUGGCGACACGCACGCUGUCUCGCACAGCAAGGCGCGGCUGCUUCUUGGCUUUUGCUUUGUCACGCAACUUGCCGUUGCAUUGGCGUUGGUGCAGCGGGUGGUGGCGACGUUUGGCCCCCGAGAGGCGUCCCCGUCGUCGACUCGAGCAACAACGGCAGCGGCAGAAGCACCAGUGGCCGCGACUGCGUUUGCCGCUGCAGAGGCAGUGGUGCCAAUGGCGCAGGCGUUCGGUGGAAGUGUGCUUUUGUCGCUCUUGUUGGGCCCGGUGCUCUGCGGUUGGGUGCUGCGCAGAAUUGGUGAGGCGGGCCGUGCGAGUGAGUGA